UGCCAACAGUGAGAUAAUCAGCAAUCAUGAAGUGGGUGAAGCCACUUAUUUUAAUUUUCCUACUACAUUUCACUGACUCCAGAACACUGCAUAAAAAUGCAUAUGGAAUAGCUUCCACGUUGGAUUCCUCCCAGUGUUCUUCAGAGGUGAAUUUUGUUAACAUAGUUACCAUAUUCUUUGCCCAAUUUGUCCAAGAAGCCACUUAUGAGGAAAUAAGCAAAAUGGUGACUGAUGUAUUGACUGUAGUCAAGAAACCCACUGGCAGCGAGCAGCCUGCAGAAUGUUUUGAAAACCAGCUAUCUACAUUUCUGGAAGAAAUCUGCCAUGAGAGGGCAAUUGCUGAAAAGCACAGACUUGCAGACUGCUGCUCCCGCAGUGAAGAGGAAAGGCACAAGUGUUUGCUUGCACGCAAAAAGGCUGCUUCAGCAUCCAUCCCAGCCUUGCAAGUUCCAGAUGUGGUCACAAGUUGUAAAGCAUAUGAAGAAAACAGGGAGAUGUUCAUAAACAGGUACAUCUAUGAGGUAUCGAGGAGGCAUCCUUUCCUGUACGCACCUACAGCUCUCUCUUUGGCUGCUCGCUAUGACAAAAUACUUCCAUCAUGCUGCAAAGCUGAAAAUGCAGAUGAAUGUUUCCAAACACAGGUGGCAUCAAUUACAAAAGAUUUAAGUGAAAGCAGCUUGUUAAAUCAACAUGUAUGUGCAGUAAUCAGAAAUUUUGGGCCCCGGAACUUCCAAGCCAUGACUAUUACUAAACUGAGCCAGAAGUUUCCAAAAGCGAAUUUUUCUGAAAUUCAGAAACUGGUCCUGGAUGUGGCCCACAUCCACGAGGAAUGCUGCCGAGGAAACGUGCUGGAAUGUCUGCAUGACGGGGAGAAAAUAAUGUCGUACAUCUGUUCUAAGCAAGACAUACUGUCCAGCAAAAUAGCAGAAUGCUGUAAAUUGCCCCUCCUUGAACUCGGCCACUGCAUAAUCCAUGCAGAAAACGACGACAGACCUGAAGGUCUCUCAUCAGACCUGAGCAGGUUCCUAGGAGACAGAGAUUUCAGCCAAUUUUCCCCAGAGGAGAAAACAAUAUUCUUGGCAAGUUUUAUUUAUGAAUAUUCACGGAGACAUACUGAACUUGCUGUCUCAAUAAUACUAAGAAUUGCUAAUGGAUACCAGGAGCUAUUGGAGAAGUGUUUCCAAUCUGAAAACCCUCUUGAAUGCCAGGAUAAAGGGGAACAAGAACUGCAGAAGUAUGUGCAGGAGAGCCAAACAAUGGCAACUCGAAGCUGUAGUCUGUUCCAGAAACUUGGAGAAUAUUACCUGCAAAAUACGUUUCUCAUUGCUUACACGAAGAAAGCCCCUCAGCUGACCUCAUCUGAGCUGAUGGCUUUCACCAGGAAAAUGGUGACUACGGCAGCCACAUGUUGUCAACUCAGUGGGGACAAGCAGUUGGCCUGUGGGGAAGGCGCGGCUGACCUCAUUAUUGGACAGCUGUGUGUCAGACAUGAUGCGCACCCCGUGAAUCCCAGUGUGGGCCAUUGCUGUAAUUCUUCAUAUGCCAACAGAAGGCCAUGCUUCAGCAGCCUGGUGGUGGAUGACACAUACAUCUCCCCGCCAUUUUCUGCUGACAAAUUCAUUUUCCAUAAAGAUCUAUGUCAAGCUCAGGGUGCAGCACUUCAAGAGAUGAAGCAAGAGCUUCUCGUUAACCUUGUGAAGCAGAAAGUGGGGAUAACAGAGGGACAGCUUGAGACCAUUAUUCCGGAUUUCUCUGGCUUUUUGGAGAAGUGCUGCCACCAUCAGGAUCAGGAAGCCUGCUUUGCAGAAGAGGGCCCGAAACUGAUUUCAAAAACUCGUACUGCUAUGAGAGUUUAAAUUACUUCAGAGGGAAGAGGAGAGAGUCUGCG